AUGGACAUCAAUCCGAUCGGUGUGCUCGUCGGAGAGGGCGAGCGUCACUUCCAAUUGGGACGAUUGUUGCACGCCAAUCUGCCGGUCAACUGGAGAUUUCUCGUGAACAGCAACCUCAGCACGGUCCGCAUCCUUAUCGAGUGGGUCGUCAGCGCCGAGGAAAAGAUAUAUGAGGCGGCCAACGAGGAGGAGCAGUACAAUCAGAUGAUCAGCAACAGCGGCCUGGGCGCCUAUCGGGUGGCCCUCGGUCUCGAUCAAACCGGCGAACGGAGCCCCGGAUUGGCGGCCACACUUCCGGGCCUCGGCGAUGAUAUCACUGAUGCAAGUGAGCAAGCAAUACCAACAUUUUUCACAAAUCCUUGAAGGCCACGUAUACUGUCCGAAUUCCAACUCUUUCAGGAAUUUCAAUGAGCCUAACUGCAGUUAAUGUUGUGGCCGUGGCCGAGGUUCUCUCUGCACCACGGCCACAACUUUUACUGAGCACUGUUCCGUUCAUAGCCAUUUCAGGUAGUUUCUAUUCGGACAGAGUGUGUGGCAAAUGAAGACGACACACAAGGAAAGUGUCUGCGGUGGCCAAUUUCGAAAAUUAUGGAAAAAAAGGUCCCAAAAUCGUAAAUAUUCUGAAUAGCCAAGGGAUAACGUGGGAUCACGUUACUGAUUCACUAAUUUGUACGGAGAACUUUCCGCAUUUGUAUUGGGGUGGCUAUCCGGAAUAUUUCCAAUUUUUCGGCAUUUGUCACAGCAGAUACGUUCCUGUUCAGACAAGCACUCCCUGAUCCUUUAAAGUCAAAUACGGUCGAAAACUUCAGGAUCGCUCUACUGGCUCUCGCAGUUCCUCUGCCAAAUGGUCGCCUACACCAGAGACACGUCGAAACCAACGGCCUCAAAGUUGGCGAUUCUCAACGUCGCCUGUGGCCUCAUGGAUUUUCCGAAUCCACCGCACACGCCGCCGACGAAACCGUGGCAACACGUGUUUCCGCUCGCCGCCCGCCGAAACGCCUACUUCUCUCUGAUGAAGUACGUGGUGCCGUGUGCAGUGCCCGACGGAAAAGUCUACUCUUCUCCGGACCUCUUCCGUUUCGGACAGGAGACCGAGGCGGAAAUCUUCCACAGAGCCACGAGUUUCGAGCACUAUGUGCGGAUGAUCGAAGACGUGCGCGCAAAAGUCAUCGAGUACCGCGACGCCGAGGACACCUACCUCACUAAUCGUUCGUUUUUCAACAUUUCCUGAACGGGGAAACUGAAUUUAGUUUUUAGGGUGAUACAGAAGACUAUGCCGAAUCGAAACCUAUUGACAAAAGUUGACAAACUUGAUUUUAUACGAAUUUUCACAGUCAAAUCGUGAUCAGUUGAUUUUGUACAAAAGGAUUGCGAUUUGAAAAACCAUACAAAAUCAGCAUGUUUGAGAAACGCCACAAACUGUCAUAAUCGAAAAAAUCCGCAUUUUUCCAGUCGGAAACGGACGUCUGGUGAUAGAAAACGACCAAGAAGACCACGAGGAGCAAUAUGAACAGGAACAGGAUCAGGAACAUGAAAAUGUACUAUUCUUCUGACUGCCAACCCAUUCUUCCCGCUAUUAUCCAUCCUUCAUCAUCCAAAUUCCACGACGAGCAAUUCUAUUGCAAAAACACCGCCAUAAACAACCCCCCUCCCCCCUCCCGCUGAUUCCUUGGCCGCGGCCGUAGACUUUUCUAGGCCACCGCAUCCUCCGCACUUCUCGGAAGAUCCGUAUCGAUUAAUGGUCCCCCAAUACACUUCUUUUUGUGAACUUUCAACAAUAAAUUUGUGAGAAAUGCAAGCGUUCCGUAAUUCACACAAUAGUCAAACGAAUUUUUUGCGCAAGUCCUUAUUAACGAGAAAAAUGCGCUGUUUUUGCAGAAAAAAAUGUCAGAAGAAGCGGCGGAAACGACUGAAAAAGCGAGCGAUGGACUUUCGGUGAACGCCCGGAACAUUCUCGAAGAUUUCUAUCAAAACCCGCCGUACAAGGACUCAAUUCCGGAAAAGCGCGGCAAAUUUAUGCUAUGCGCCCAUGGAGCGUACUCGGAAUGCGAAAAGGCGUGGAACGAGCAAGUGUGUCCAAAGCGCCGGCGGACGCUCGUUCAGGACAUGGUCAACGCGUUCCUGGACACCAAAAAGUCGGUGCAUCCGCGUCUUCCCGAACUGUUUUGGUUCGCUCGCGAGUUCGAGGAGAUCACAUUUCGGCAGGGACCCACUAUGGAAUUCUACAAUAUGUCCUUGGAAAAUAUGAUCCUUUGGCUGAGGGAGAAGAUUCAAGAUACGCCCGAGUUGAAGUUGUUGCGGAUCAAAGGCGGUACGUUUUGCAAAAAAUUGAAUUUUGACCCAGUUGCAAUAUCCCGAUCGGAGCUUUUUUUAAUCCGAUUGCUCUGAAGCUUGGACCCAAAAUACAUUAAUCCAAGUCUAAAAAGCCUGCAAAAUUUGUGUCCGAUCAGAUUAUUGCAAGUGGGUCAAAACCCUAUGAUACCAUCGGAUAGAGCGUUAAAAGUUACACAUGAGUAUUGGUACGAUCCAUUGGAUCGGCGGUUGGCGACGGAUUCGAGUCUCGGUAUUUCGGCGGCGACGACGCCAGUUAUCCCUGAAAUUUAGUCAAUUUGUGGUUCAAAAGUGCAGGACAAAGGCCGGCCAAGUGCCCAACAGAGUUGAGCGGAAGAACUCAACGAACGAAAACGGAAGAAUUUUUAUCUUUUUUAGAAAAUUUUUUCAUGGAUUAUUUUUUCCUUCCGUCUUUCGUUAGCCCUUUUUCACGGAACAACUCGAAUAACUUUUUUGUAUGAAAAGUUAAAUUUACAAUUAUUUUUCUAUGAGCAGAGUUCCCUUUGCUAUACAUUUCGUCAGUUGAUCACAUUCUAUAAAAAAAUUUUCUAAAAAAGAUAAAAAUUCUUCCGUGUUCUUCCGCUCAACUUUGGUGCCCAACCCUGAAAAAAGGCAAUUUACCGAUUUAGUGUCGAUAUUUCGACCGCUCAUAAAGUCGUUUUCCGACUGAAACUCUGGUCUUUCGGUCGUUUUCCCGUCGGAUGACGCUUCCAGCAUCUCUAUCGAUUUGGACAAUCUCAGAAUCUGUACAAAUUCAACUUUUAGUUCAAAAAAUGCAUUGAAAAUUAUCACCUUUUCCAAUUGUUGCGAGUAUUUUCUCAAAAUGGUAGCGUUGCAGACAUUCCGUGCACGGACGAGCUCGAGCGCCUGUUCACAUUUCCGGCGCCACGUCACGAUUUCGUGGACACGACGCUCGACGACGAAUACCGGGCUCCGCGCGGACAUUCGAUGGUGCUCAUCACAGACGAACACUUCCGAAAAUGGCAUUUUCACAUCAAACGCGAUCGUGAAUUGAGGACUGUUGAGGUGCGCAUUUUUAGAACAACUGUGGAAAAUCGGGGGAAAAUUGUGGGGAUUUUCGAGGGUUUUUGAGGGGGUGAGGGUAAACAAGAUCUCUUGCAAGAACUCAUUUAAUUUUUCAGGAAGAAUUCAACGUUGCAAAAGAUCAAAAAUGCGAGCUGAAUAACACGAUUAUGACGUUUUCAAGAGAACCGGCGUCCGUGAAUGGCGACAAAAUUAUUGACAUUGCGCCAAAUUAAUCAUUUUAAUUUAUUUUAGGGUAAUUUGAAUAAAAUUGUUUUGUAAGUGAUUUGUUGAAUCGAAUUCUCAUUUUUUCGAGCGUAGAUCGUGCGAAAAAGAGUGUGCGAAGCGAGGAGACGUAGAGAAAAAGGAUUACUGUAGAUGGCGGGUCUCGCCACGAAAAGCGCGAAUUUUGAAUUUUUCGCUUUCAUUUGAGUUGGAUCACCGACUUGGAUGACCUCCUACCGCUGUUAUUCGGAUCUCGUUCCGAACGCGCAUUUUUCAGCUUUAAAAAUUCUUGAUUUUUUCUUCAAUUUAGCCAUGAACUUGAUAAAUCCAGUCAAAGUUUCGCUGUUUUUCAGUAAAAAUUAGGUAAAAGUAAUUGUUUUCCUCGAAACGUUUGUAUUUCCUUUAAAAAUUGCAUUAUUUGUACUCUUGUUUACCCGUUUUCAUUGCAUUUUUAACUCAAAGAUGAGUUUAUACAGAUUCUGAUACCUGCUCAGAUUGUCGAAAUUGAUAGAGAUACUGGAAGCGUCGUCCGACGGAAAAACGACCGAAAGACCAAUGUUUCAGCCGGAAAAUGACUUUUUGAGCGGUCGAAAUAUCGAUGAAAUGCACAAUAAAUCGGUAAAUUGCCUUUUUUCAGGGUUGAGCAGUUGGCCGCCCCUUGUCCGGCACUUUUUACCCACAAAUUGACUAAAUUUCAGAGACAACUGGCGUCGUCGUCGCUAAAAUACCGAGACUCGAAUCCGUCGCCGAAACCGUCGCCAACCGCCGGGACCGCUUGCCGCGGAUGCGAAAUCGCUUUCGGUCCAGAAUUUGCGUCCCGAAUGAACGCGAAACGCGGAUUUGGGGACUACCCCAAGAAGACCUCUUAUUCGCAUUCCGGAUUUGGCGGAUCAGGUCUCUGCGCGCUUUUUUUCGUAAAAAUCGAACGUUUUUGAGCUAUUUUUCAGAGCUGGGCAUUUGCCGACCGCGGUUUUUUGCGGUCUGUCAAAACUAACAAUUUUCAGCGUCACUCAACCGCCGGAUGUACCGCGGCGCGGACAAGGACCGUUCGCCGUCCUCGGGCGCCCAUCGCUUCCGCCGUCCGUCGCGCUCGAACACGGCCGGCUCGUCGUCGGCGUCGAAGCGCAUUCGUGGAACGAGACGAUCGGGCAGGCGGGGCCGCGGCGGUCCGGGAAACUGCUUCCAUUGCGGCGAGCACGGACACAUAUCGAAGGAGUGCCCGAAGAAGAGCCCGGAGCCGACGGCUGACACGCCCGGCGGCGACGGACUGGAAUUCUGCAGUGCGGGAAGCGGGGAACAGCCUCUGACUGCGCCAAAAGUUGGCAAGAUUAACGGUACGGGAAUGGAAGAGACUAAAUUCCAGGGCCGUGCUUAUGGACUCCAGGCCUUCAAAAGCCUUCGAAAAGUGUGAUCUAAAUUUUGUUAUCUUUUCCAGAAAGCCAAUGCGACAACACUUACGAGGCGCGCCGACUGCAGAAUCAGAAGGCGCGCGAGUCGUACUACAAUGCGUUCAACCACGGGGAUCGUGUUCCGCCGAGAGCUCCAUCCGUGGCGGUCGGAAGAGUGUCUGCGGCCGAGAAGAGGGCCGCGUCGCCGGAAAUCGACAAGUUCUCGGAGCAGCUGGAGAAGGCGCUCAAAUUGAGCAGCACUCCGCCGUCGGCGUUUUCGAGCCGCCCGUCGAGUGCCAUCGGAAAUAGAGGCAGAGUCGGAGGGAGAAGGAUGUUGGGGGAGCUCAGUGACGAGCAGCAGCACAAAAUCAGAGCCAAUUGUCCCCCCGCCAGAGGUAGUUGCAGAAGAAAAACUGUCAAACACAUUGUAAAAAAUGUUAUUGCAGGUGCGUCUCACGGAACGUCUCCGCCGUCGGUGCCGCUGUCGUCGCACUCGACGUCUUCCUCGUCGACGUGCUCUCCGCCGAUGCUGGCCACCGUCGCCGCCUCUCCGUCUUCUGCGACCGAAACGCUGACGAUCGAGACGCGUCGGACGGUGAUGCGCGACGGAGAAUACCAUUUCGAGGAGACGACCGUCAUCGCGUUCCCGCGUGUUCUUCCGCCCAACGUGCAGGUCAUCACCGCCCAAUUCGUGCCCGUCGUGGCGUCGUCUGCCAAUAAAUAG